UCGGACCUUAACGCGAAAUGCGUAUCUCCGGACCUGAAUGCCAACGAGGGCUCAGACGGCUCCAAGGCUCCCAUGGCUCCCAUGGCUCCAAAGGCUGAGGGACAGGAGGUGCAAGCGGAAGGAGAUGAAGUGGAGCUGGUCACGCCACCAAAGAAGGCAGCGCGCACAGUGCGGCGGCGGCCUCUUACCACAAUGGACGUGGAUGUGACGGUCCUCUAUGAGGCGAGGCGCUUGAAUCUGGAGGCGGCCUUCAUGUCCGCCUGCGCCGACACGGACUUGAAGGUUCGCAAGGCGUCAGACGCGCAGAUCUUGCUCCAGCGGCUUCAAGAGGACCUGGCGAAGCCAUGAGGCCAUCAUCUGAGCCUUUGCCGGGGGGGGGGGGGGCGUCCACAGCGAUGCCUUGUGCGGG